AUGAGUAGAAGCCUGUCAACUUCGAAAAUACCACCGGUCACUCUACCAAAACCUAAAUUUUUCCUUGUACAGAAUGAAGAGGAUUCUGAAACUGAUACUAGUUCUGAUGAGGAGUCGAUGGAUGAAUCACCGGUUGUUAUUGAUGAAACACCAGUUAUUAUUAACGAAGCACCAGUUGUUUUAAACAGUAAAAUAGUCAACUUAACAACUCCACAAUGCAUGGCUUCAAAAACAAAUACACCACCACCUCCUCCGCCAAAGCCAAAGAAUUUUUCACUUAAACAACUGGUAAAAACUGAUUUAAUUGAAUCAAUGGAUAUGGCAAAAGCUUGUAAUGACGUCAUUCCACAAAAGUUUGAAGAAGCGGGUUUAAAAUCAACUGAUACGGCUAAAACUAAUGGCAUAACCACAACUAAACCUAGUGAUGUUAUAAAAACAACGAUCAAUUUAUCUACGAGUAAAAACGAUGAUGUAUCUCUCUCGGGUAAAGAAAAUCAACCGCCAGUACAGAGUUCAAUAAUACAACCUGUCAAAAAUUUAACGCCAUAUGCUUUAACGGAAAGUUUUAAGCCUAAAGCUCCAUUACCACCGCCAAGACCAAAACAUUUGACUCUAAAAUACUUGGCAAGGCUCGAUUCGAUAGAUUCGAAUGUGUCGUCUAGUGAUUGUGAUUCUCCAGUCGUCACAGAAGUUUCAAAAAUCUACAAUUUUGAUAAAGAAACAAGAGAAGCACUGCCAGUGGUAUUACUCAACAAAAUCUCAACUAUGUAUGACAAAGUGUUAACGAGGCCACCGAUCGAACAAACUGUUAAAGAAUUGGAAGUUAUGUGUAUGUUAAUACUGGCAGAUUGACAAAAUAUAUUAGCAAAUUAGCAGCCGUAUUGGCAAAAUAGAAGCUGUAAUAAAGCUUCUGUUAACUCUCAUAAGGUUCGAGUAAAAUCUCAUCGUUCAUAAAGUUCAAGUUGAUAAGAAGCAACAAAGUGAACUGUUCGCAAACAGUAAUAUAACACUUUGAGAAAAUGAAAAAAAGUUUGAAAAGUAAACUUAACGCUAUUCUUUUGUAUUCAAUUUGAAAAUGACUGGAUUUAAAUUUUUAGUUAUUACUAAACAAGAUCAUUAUGAAAAUACACUAGCUGCUGGCAUCAGUAAAAUUUAUGUAAAAGAUGUUUCUGUUAAAAAGACUUCACAGUACUACGUUGAGGCUAAAGUUGUGAAUAAAAGUAAAAUUUUUAAGUUUUAAGUUGAAGGUUUAAAAAUUUUUAGAUUAUAUUUGAUUGUUCAAAUAAUUCUGUUCUCUUUAACCGCAAAAGUUUGCUUUGAGAUCGAGCACUGAAUUAUUUGAACAAAUUUUUAAAAUAUGAAAAGCGGUUUUUACAAUCUCUAAUUACUGUCGUUUCAGCGAGAAAUGCCCAAGAACUAGGCAGAGAUCGUCAAUUUGCCCAACGAUUUACCAAUAUUUUGGGAAACUUCAAUGCUAUUGAAUGUGCAUCAUCUCAAUUUGGUGCGAACGAUGUUCAGAUCGACACGCCUGAUGGCUUGGCCAGAUCUCAAAACCCGGAAGCAUUUACUGCGGCAGACAAAAUGGCUCGACUGGUCGAGAUUUUGUUCUACGUCACCAAGAAUCGUAGGUUUUUAAGUUGAAUUGCCAAGUUUAGGGUAAGAUAGUGGGAACAAAGAAAUGGUAGUAAAAAUAUUGGGUUGUUCAAAUAAUUCUGUGCUUUUUCAAAACAAGUUUUAUGGGUUAGGGGGCUUAGAAUUAUUUGAACAGCCUAAUAAGAGGUGAAAAGUAAUCAAUGUGACAUUACGUUAGUAGUACUAGAGGGUGGAAAGGGUUCUAUCUAAACCUCUGGAAAAUAAAUGCAAUUUAAAAAAUCUUUGUAAAAUCAGGAAGUAGUAUUAGUAAUUGCAGAAGAUUUAAAAAAAUUGUUUUGAGUUUAAUCUUUGAAUAAAAAAGAAAUCCAUGACCAAUAGUUAUGGUUCAGUUGGCCGUUUCAAAAGUAUUUACAUGGCUUUUCCUGAGUUUACACAAACUUUUUUCUCUCCGAAGAGCAUUCAACAUAUUUUGAACCAAAAAACAUGAAUGAAAUUCCGGUGUUCAAUAGGGUUGAGUAUUUUGGUCUUUUUUAAAAUUUGGCUAAAGAUUUUCAAAUCUAUGUGAAGAUUUGGGGAAAAUUUGUUUGGAAAUUUUGUUUUUUUCGGGGGGAGGAGGGGGGGGUUCGUUGUGGAUCUAUAAGAUUAAGGUUAGGGGUGAGAAACGGGCUCGACUCAGCUUUGAGGUCCUGCCCAAGCUUAGAGCUUAACUUUUAGGCCUAGCCCGUUUUCAUUAUUACUCAGGCCGGUCUAGUGCAAUAAAAAAAAAUUUAGGUCUCGAUCGGGCCGUUUUUAUUUUUUUUACCAGGCCAUACCUUGGCUUGGUAAAAAGUGAUAUGCUCCGCCUGACCCGGCCCGUUUUAAAGAAAAGUUUAGGCCCGGAUUGUUUUAACUUUAGCUAAAGAACGAUCUAACCCGAUUGCAGGGCUUGGCUGGGCUAGGCUCACGGCCCGUUUCUCACUCCUACCAAGCUCAACUUUUUUUUUAAAAAAAAAUUUUUUGGAGUGAAGCCAAAUUCCACCCCAAAUCUUUAAAAGAAACGUUUUAAAAACUAAAGCAUGACCUUAUGAAAUGAUAUGAACCAAUAUGAAACAUUUUUUGACCCUGUUUGGGAUAAGUUUGCAAUGUUUCCAAAUGUCCUUAAUUUGGUAUCUAAGCAACAAAAAAUGCAGUAAAUCCUUUGUUUUUAAUACUAUAUUUGGGACUACAAUUUGGGAAUUUCAACGCUUUUCGAAAGCCAAUAAAUAUGUUUUUCAAUUAGAAUGGUCACUUGAUAUUAUAGUAUUCAAGAAAUUAUUGUUUUGACAAAAAUUACGUACAGUUUUGUUGUUCUGAAGGGUUUUAAUGGUGUAGUGGAGAUUUUUCUUAUUGUUGUACGAUUGUUGAAGCUUCAAUUGAAGGAGGCUUUGUUAUCGGUAGAUAUUAGUGAGAGUUUUGUUGUUUGUUAAUGAAUUUAAGGAAUGUUAUAAUAAUAUUGAGAGCUGUUAUAAAGGGAUUUCACUAUUAUGAGCAGAUAUAAAGGGACAUUAUUGUUAUUGUAAGUGGUCUUGAGAGGAUUGUUGUUACUUUUAUUGAUAUUAAGUAGCAUUUUGGAAGUGAAUAUAGUAAUUGUCAUAUCCUUCAGGAAAGAACAAGUUGCACCUUGUGGAUCAAGGUAUUGUCGAAGUGGUCAAAAACAUAUUCGAAUCUCAUUUCAAUCGCCGAUUCGUGGAUUCUGUACAUUCGGAAAUCGCCUUGAUUUCAACGGCUGUUAUUCGUCAUUUGUCUAAGACUAGUAAGUGAUAUCUUGUGAUAUUAAACGUUGGAUAUUGGGCUUAUUAAUGGGCUUUCUCGUUUCUCAUUCUCAUAAAAUUGUGUUUUUUUUUAAAUUUUUUUUUGUAAAAUACGGACUUGCAAAUGGGGCGUAUUGAAUUUUAUUUUUUUUAGUUAAAUUUUUAGCCUAAAAUUAAAUUUUUACCAUUAAAUAACGUUUUUAUAGAAAAAGGCAAAGAAGAACUGACCCGGCUGAAUGUCCUUCAAAUGUGCGAAGAAUGUAUUCAGAAGCUGAGUGACGAUCGUGUUCAAUUGGCUUCAAGAAAGAAUUUGUUGGCCAACUGUACUCAACUACAAGACUCUUUAUGCGCUUUGGCUAUUAGAUGCCUGCCACAACUUACAUUCCCAAUCACGAGUCAAAAGUUUCCAUUAGCGUUUCCGGUACCACAAGAAGGUCAGAAUGUGUGAGUUUUUAAUUUCAAAAAAGUAUUUGGUGGAACAUGUUUCUGAUUUAAAAAGCCAAGAUCAGGCUUUCUUUUGGGUUUUUACGUAAUUUAUGACUCAAAAUUUUAAAAAAUCUUGUUUUAGCUUAAAAUCCGAAGCCAAGAAUGAGUGUCAGAAUGAGGACGGCAUGGAUUCGGACGAUGAAGACGGGAUCGACGAAGAAGAAGACAGUUUCCUCAAUUUUAUGAAAGACCCAAAACCCCCAACCAACGAGAAUUCGAAUGGAGCCGACGAUGAAAUGAUCGCUUUUCAGUCGGACGACGAGGACUCGAAUCAGAAAAUGGAGGUUUCGGACGAGAAAUUACCUAAAUUUUCGAAACAAAAGUUGGCUGGAUUGAAGGUAAGUGUUUUUUGGAAGGGCUGGUGAAAGUUUUGAGAGGGUUAGUGAAAAAGGAGAUGAUAUAGGUCCGGUUUUAUUAGGGUUUGGUUCCUAGGUUUAGGUCAAGAAAUUUUUGGUUGUUCAUUAAAUAAUAGUUUUAAUAGCUUUUAUUAGGCUUAUUUUAGGCGGGGUAUGGUAAGAUAGAGUAGGGUAAAGUACGAUCGGGUUUUUAACAAUUUUUUCACAAUUUAAAGCUAUUUUUCAGGCGAAUUACUCAAAAAUCUUCUUGGAAUUGGAACAAGGAGCAAGCGCCUCAAACGUCCCGUCCCCAAAGCUUCGUCGAACCAACGAAGGCGCAGUACCAUCGGUACCAGAAGCACAAUCUCAGGAAAAGAAGCCGGAUUACAAAGAGAGCAUUAUCCGACUGGCGGAGGAAACAAAAUCAGUCGCCAAUUUUAUCAAAAUUGCAUAUCCAGAACUGGUGAAUCCGGACAUUGAAACGAAUCGAAAUGACCUGUUGGCUAACCAGGACAGCAUGCGGUAGGGGAUUUUUAGGGCUUUUUGGGAGGGGUAUUGGUAUUAAUUAAUUUUUGGGAGAAUUAGUGGCUGUUCGAAUGCCUUUUUUUUAUUUUGAUUAGGGCGGGGUAAAUUUUUGAUUUUUUUAAAUUUGGAGUGGAUAUUGUUUUUUAUAUUUGAAUUUUCAGCGAGACCGUAAUGCAAAAACUGACAAAACUCCGCCAACAGUCGAACGAAGCCAACAAACCCAAUGUCGUGUUUGAUCUCGAUGAAUUACAUUCGAAACCUACUGCCAAAAUGCCUUUAAGUAACAAUGAUGCGGAAAAAGUGGGAAAGCUGGACCCAUCAACCAAGAAUUUGAAAUUUGAAUCAAGAUUCGAAUCUGGCAAUCUAAGACAAGCAAUCCAAGUAUCUGAGAAUCACUACGAGCUGGUUUUGUCGCCGGAUAUCAACGAAAUGCGAUCACAUUAUCAGUGGUUCUAUUUUGAGGUAAGGGGUUGGAUAGAAGGGUUUUAGGUAACAAUUGCUUUUAAAAUGAGGUUUUUCAGGAGAAAAGAAAGAUAAAAAGAAUUUUUAGGUAACAACAUGGUAUACAAUGUACUUAAAAUUUAAAAAAAAACUAAUUUUAGGUAUCAAACAAUCAAGCCAAUGUCCCAUACACGUUCGAAGUGAUAAACUGCCUGAAGAACACAUCAAUGUUCUCAAAAGGAAUGCAGCCGGUUAUGUUUUCAGUUGCUGAAGCCCAACAAGGACGUCCAGGCUGGGUAAGAUGUGGCCAAGCUGUAUGUUACUAUCGCAACUUGUACGUACCACCAACUAAUGGCUCGUCGAGUAGUGGAAGCGAGACCGAGAAGACGACUACAAGAAGAAGAACGUUGUCUGAGAAUAACAAGAAGGGAAAGGAGUGCGACAAGGAGAACAAGUAAGCAGGUUUGGGGUUUGGGCGGGGUAGGGUGAGAUUGGGUAGGGAAGGAUAUUUUUGGGUAGUGUAGAGUAUGAUUGGGUAAUUUUAAAGUUUAAAUUUUUGAAAUUAAAUUUUUUUUUAUUUUUAGAAGUUACUUUUCCAUUCGCUUCUCAAUCCGAUUCCGUCACGCAGCCGACGUCUGCUACAUUGCAUAUCACUUCCCAUACACAUAUUCAUACCUUCAAGCAACCCUAGAACGCCAUCUAUCAGAAGUCAAUUCAAACUCUAUCUACGUACGGUCUGAUCGUCUCACAACAACAUUAGCCGGUAAUCCAGUCAACAUCUUAACAAUCACAGCACCAGCCGAACCAGAAGUACUAAAGCAGCGAAAGUUUGUAGUAUUCACCUCAAGAGUACAUCCAGGCGAAUCGAAUGCAAGCUGGACGAUGCACGGCAUUCUGAAGAAGCUAAUGGCACCAGAAGCUCAAGUAUUGAGAGAAAAAUUCGUUUUCAAAAUUGUGCCAAUGCUAAACCCGGAUGGGGUGAUUAAUGGCUCUCAUCGAUGCAGUUUGGCUGGCGUGGAUCUGAAUCGAUGCUGGGACAAUCCGACGGAACAUAAGCAUCCCACGAUUUAUCAUGCUAAGGGGGUGCUGCAGUAUAUGGUAGGGUAAUAUAAAAGGUUUUUGGGCUUAAAAAUGAUUUUUUAUUUGGGAAAAAGUAAAGUUUAUAAGGGGGAUCAAGCUAAAAUAUUUUUUUUCAAAAAUUAUAAAAAAAUUGGGAAAAUAAAAAUGUCAUUUUUUAACGUUAAUAUCAUUACUUUUAGGUCGAUGUCCUCAAAAAGACCCCUCUGUGUUUUGUCGACCUCCACGGUCAUUCCAGAAAGUCGAACGUCUUCUGUUACGGCAACAAUCCAGAGGAAUCAUGGCGCAAAGCCGACCGUCUAAUGCCUCAACAUCAGUUCCAAACCCUCCCAGAACUACUGGACAAACAUGCUGAUGGCUUCUCCCUAAAAGACUGUCGCUAUUCAAUAACAAAAGCCAAGGAAUCAUCAGCCAGAAUCGCUCUAUGGAGACAGUUUGGCCUGGAUCGAUGCUAUACUAUGGAGUCAACUUAUUGUGGAUUUGACCAAGGCCCACUACAAUCGAAACAGAUUGGCAUUCAGGAUCUGAAGAAGAUGGGACAACAUUUGUGCGAAGUGCUGGUGGAGUUGGAGGAUGUGGUAAAGAGGAAUAGUCUACCGGUGGGACAGAAAGGCAAGGAAAUGAGGACGCCGUUGGCUGUUAACAGUGGGUUUUUGAUUAGCUUUGAAGUUUGUAUUACAAAAAUAUGUUUUAUUAACACAGUAUAUAUAUAUGAUGUGUUCAAUCAAGAAAUUUUACAGCGUCAUAUACAGUUUUCCCCAUUUCAGAAGUAGCCCCUCAACUCUCAACCCCAAACUCAUCGACCAGUCUUGAUCAAGACCCAGUCAGAGGCUUUAGAUCGAAACGGACGAGCAUUUCGAAUGGCACAAUCUCUCAAAACUCGAGCAAAAAGAGUCUGGCCAAACAAUGGAAGAGCACUCAGCAGUAG